CCCCCGUCAGCUGUGCAACUCCGCUGGUUUUUAACAUGUCAACAUAACAUUAGCUAAAUUUAACACUCGCCAGUCUCCUAAUUUAUAAAAAAUGCAGUGUUUAAUUAAGAGAAGCCUCACCAGUCGAUUAAAAAAAAUCUGCGAGAAAUAUGCAAAUUUCUCCUCCAGCAUAUCUCAGAAUCCAAAAACAGAAUGUGUCCCCCCGAAGUCAAGAGUCUUCGGUCAACCAACUCCCCAGACUCAUCCACAUCUCCUGAAGUCCGAUGAACUAGUUCCUGGAAUAAAGCUCCACGAGUUCAAAGAACGUAGAGCAAAACUAGUGGAGAAAAUAAUAACUGAGGGGUACGUUGGUAAAACAUCCUCCAAACACAUAAUGAUAAUUCCAUCAUCAAGUAAAGUCUACAUGUCUGAUAAAAUUCCGUAUGUUUUUCGGCAAAACACAGACUUUAUGUAUUUUUCUGGCUGUCAAGAGCCAGAUUGUACGCUAGUUAUAACGGUCAAUGGUGACAACCACACGACAGCCAUUUUUAUGCAGAAUAAGGACGAAAAAACCGAGCUGUGGGAUGGCCCACGAACAGGGGCCGAAUCUGCGAGUGAAUUCUUUGGAGUCGAUCGAUCGUAUCCAGUCUCAGAUCUGGAAUUAUUCAUCACGUCUUUCCUCAAGGAGCACCAGAACGACUGUAAUCUUUGGUAUGAGAACAAGGAAAUCAUUCAGACGGAGGUGCACAGAAAAAUAGCCCAGGUGAUCAAGACCACUGGCUACAAUAUCAAGAAUGUAUUCUCCCCGAAGACGCUGUUCCACAAGAUACGACUGAUCAAGUCGACCAGUGAGGUGGAGCUGAUGAGGGAGAGUUGCCGGAUCGGCUCCAAGGCAAUUGCCAGGACAAUUCAGACAUCGAAACCUGGCAUGACUGAACAUCAGAUAUUUGCUACUGUCGAUUACGAGUGCAGGAUGAGGGGGGCUGAGUAUCUGGCUUACCUACCUGUUGUUGCUGGAGGAAACAAUGCCAAUGUCAUUCAUUAUGUUGCGAAUAAUCAGGUGGUGGAGGAUGGGAGGAUGGUUCUGAUGGAUGCUGGCUGUGAAUACCACGGAUAUUCAUCGGACAUCACGAGAACCUGGCCCAUAAAUGGAACAUUCAGCGAUCCUCAGCGGGUUCUCUACGAGAUCGUCUUGGAAGUUCAAAAAACAUUGAUCAAUCAGUUGUCGGAGUUUCCAACGCUGGACAUGCUCUUUCACGAUAUGUGCAGGUUACUAGGGAAGAGGCUGCAACAGGGGGGCCUCAUUCCUAACACUAUGAGUGAUAAUCAAUUGAUUUCUGCUGCAUAUUUGUACUGCCCACAUCAUGUCAGCCAUUACCUGGGAAUGGACGUGCAUGACACUGGGAGAAUAUCCAGGGGUGUAAGGACACAACCUGGCAUGAUAGUAACUGUCGAACCAGGUGUUUACGUGAACUCAAAAAAUAAAUUGGCACCACCAGAAUUCUGUGGCCUUGGAAUACGAAUAGAAGAUGAUGUUCUAAUAACUGAUAACGGCCCCGUUGUACUGACAGAACCCUGUCCAAAAGAAAUAUCAGACAUUGAAUCUCUCAUGAAGUUGAAUAAAGCAUAAUGACUUGUAUUUACUGUACAUACAAAUUUUACAAGUUUGUUGAUAAUUUUUUAUUCAUAAAAAAUUAAUGGUCAUCAUUA